CACAGUAACCGCGCGUCGUCGGCGCCGCAGAGCAGCUCGCGGAGAUGUCUAUAAAAGCAAUCGCGAGAGAAUGGUGGAGGAGCGCAAAACCCUCCCAACAUCGUCUCCUCCCUCUUCCCCGUCGUCGUGCUCCUCCUCUUCGUCCCUCCGCUCCCUUCUCCUCCUCCCCCGACGAUAAUGGCGACGCCGAGUUCUCCGGCGACGGGCUCCAGAGCUCCCGGCUUAAGAUCUUCGAUCGCGACCUCAAGAGGAAACAGAGGGAUCGAGCGGCGUGGUUGAUGCGGGGGAAGGACGAUUUCGUCGACUCCGUCGCCGAGAACCUUCUCGAUCGCCUCGAGGAUUGCAGGAAGACAUUUCCAACGGCAUUAUGUCUUGGGGGGUCUUUAGCGUCUGUCAGGCGUUUGUUACGUGGGCGGGGUCGAAUUGAAAAGCUGAUCAUGAUGGAUAUGUCAUUCGACAUGGUUAAAAAGUUGAGGGAUUCAGAAAACAAUAUCCUUGAUGACAACCUUGAGACUUCGUUUGUGGUUGGAGAUGAAGAGUUCCUGCCAAUCAAAGAAAGCUCACUGGAUCUGGUAAUCAGUUGUUUGGGACUUCAUUGGACAAAUGAUCUCCCUGGAGCAAUGAUACAAUGUAGACUUGCAUUGAAGCCUGAUGGUCUCUUCCUUGCAGCUAUUCUUGGUGGAGAGACUUUAAAAGAGCUUAGAAUAGCAUGUACAAUUGCUCAAAUGGAACGAGAGGGAGGUAUCAGUCCUCGACUUUCUCCUCUAGCACAAGUGCGUGAUGCAGGAAAUCUUCUUACAAGGGCAGGCUUCACCCUUCCUGGUGUUGAUGUAGAUCAAUAUACUGUCAAAUACAAUAGUGCCUUGGAACUUGUUGAACAUCUCCGAGCAAUGGGUGAGACUAAUGCUCUUUUCCAAAGAAACCCUAUUCUGAAGAGAGAUACAGCUUUGGCGACUGCUGCAGUUUAUCAGUCAAUGUUUGGUGCUGAAGAUGGUACUGUUCCAGCAACUUUUCAGGUAAUCUAUAUGACGGGAUGGAGGGAGCAUCCAUCACAGCAGAAGGCCAAGAGGAGAGGUUCUGCCACCAUAUCAUUUAAGGACAUCCAGAAGCAAUUCGGUUCGAGCAGCUGAUGGCCAAGCUUAGGCUGGCCUGUCGAGCACCUGCUUCUCACAGGGCUCGGCGACGUCGAGCCGAUUGUAUCUUGAAUUUGCAGUCGUUCUAGCCGGCAUUAUGAAGUCGGUACCCCCUGGUUGAUGCACGUACGAUCGCUGCGAUUGUAACUGAGGGCCGUUCGAUACCCGUACUGAACUGUAUGUGCGUCCAGGAACCGUCCGAUGAUCGCCGUGAUUCCCCUUGUUAUCAUACCAUGUGGAUCCAAUCCCAGGUGCGUGCAUUCCUGUUUGUAGUCCUGAAGGUUCGAUAGGGAAUCCCGCCCCACCAUCUUCUUGGGGAUUAUACUUCUCGCUGGUGCUUUUUGGAUUUGCUUGUGCUUGCCGUUUCUGCACACGAAGUAGAAUAAAAGGCUUAAAUUUUAAUUUCAAAAUUAAUUCCAUCAACCUACCGUCUCUAAUGCAGGUAAUAAAGAACUUGAUGAUUAGUGUUUGAGAUUUUAAGUCUAGGUGUUUUAAAAUUGAACGAGCAAAAUUGUUCUUAGUUCAGGUGGCUUUACAGAAAAUAAAGAAGGGGGAAUAAUAAACUACUUUGUGUCCAGUAAUUUUGCAAUUAAGAAGGGCCUCGAUUGAACCUCUUAAAAGGAGAAAAAUUAAGUAGUGAUGUGUAGAAUUAAAAGGUAAAACUUUUUCUUUUUCCUUCUGUCGUGAGUUGUAUGUAGCCUUGCAGGGGUGUCUUUUUCUUGUAACGUUUGUAGAAAGUAUAAUAAAUACCUGCAUUUCUAAGUUGGCA